AGCUCGGAGGACAACAGGUCGCAUCUUUACAAACAAACAGGAAAACUGAGGAAAAAUGAGUCGCGAGCUGAGCGAAGAGGAGCUGCUGGGCUUGUACGCGUGGAUAGACCGGAUACCGCUGGCCCGGCCGAAGAGACACAUCACACGGGACUUCAGCGACGGAGUGAUGGCUGCGGAGAUUGUGAAAUAUUUCUUCCCAAAGCUCGUUGACCUUCACAACUAUAUUCCUGCAAACUCCACACCACAGAAGCUCAGCAACUGGAGCCUCCUCAACAGGAAGGUGUUUUCCAAGCUGAACUUUCAUUUGCCUGAAGACACAGUGAAUAGGAUUGCACUGAGCACUGCGGGAGCGAUAGAGCCGGUGCUGAGCGCCCUGAGGGAGAAGAUAGACAAGAAACUGGAGCAGACUGCAGACAACAUACUGGUUUGUACUGAUUUGGAAUAUUUUGACCCCAGGAAACAUCACGAGAGACUUCCUGCAGAAAUUUGUCAGACUGAAGCGGCUCAGCUGAGAGGAGAGGAGAUGAAAAAAGAUGAUAGGAGAAGAACAAGGAACGGUAACCCGCAGCCCACAGCACAGUUUGACACAGACAUGGACCCAAGGUUCAGAAUAAUCCUGCAGGAAAAAGAGCAAACUGUCACUGCUUUGCAGGAGACUGUGGAGAUCUUGCAGAUGAAAAUGAGCAGGUUGGAGCAUCUGGUUCACUUGAAGGACAUGCGUAUUGAAGAACUAACACGGCAUCUGGAGACGUACAAAGCCAACGGCAAUCCACGCUGACGAAUCCACACACUGCAGAAUUUGUAAUAAUAACUUGUAGACAUAAUCUUGUAACACAAACUCUUCUAUUGUUAAAGGUAAACGAGUAGAUUAUGGUAACCGAUAUAGUCUUAUUGUAACUGACCGCUUACUUGUUAGUUUAUGCAGUUUGUUUGUGAUGAUGUAUUAUCUGUGUUGGGUUUAUUUUGUUAUUCUUAUUCUCCCAUGUAUGUAUUAAUUUGGCGACUCACCCCUCAUAAUUGCCUGUAGCUUUCGCGGAGGGGACAGAUAUUAUCGCAGGAUAAAUCACUUGCUCCCGGAUAAUUAGAGACUUCCUGUUUGAGCUUGAUAAAACACCUGCUGCACAUCAGCGUCUCGACGAUUAACCUGUCAAACAUCUCAUGUUUUAAAAGCUUUGUUCAAUAUUUAUUCAUGUAUUUAAUAUCCAUGAUAUAGGAAUUGUAGUUAUUGGCUUUGAUGUUUAGAUAUUUUUAAUAGUUGUAUUUUAUUAUUAUUAAAUGAUUAUCAUGUACUUCAUGUUAGUAUUGAAUAUGAAUUUACAUUUUGUAUAUGUCGUCCUAGUUUCAUGGUGUUUCUACGGUGCCAUGUUUGAAUUGUGUCAUUAAGAGAGAGGCGGUGGAUUAGUGGCAGAAACUUGGACUAUGGGCAGAAAAGGUCUCUGGUUCGUCUCCACGGAGAAACAACAAAAAGUCGAACAUGGAUUGAUCUGUCCAAAAAUCCAAGGGGAUUCUCCCUACCCUGUCUAGUGCCCCUGAGCAAGGCACCUUCAACAUCUGCUCCCCGGGCGCCGUACAUGGUCGCUCACUGCUCUGUGUGUCCUGCACCAGAUGGGUCAAAAGCAGAGAUUAAAUUUCCCUACCUGAGAUGAGUGUGCCUGUGCAUGUCUGUGCAUGUGUUUGGGACUAAUAAAUGCAUCUAAUCUAAUGUUAAUCUUAAGAGCCGUGAAGCAUCAGUCUGGGACUCUCUGCGUCUUGCUUUGCCAGCCAGGGGCUGUUACACCUAUUAUUGAAACGUGUUGAAAUGCAUCGGAUUAGUGUUUUCUUUUUUUAAUAAAAUUUUUCUCUAAAAUAGAAGUAUUUCCAUAGACCUGCAUCUGUAGCUGAGUCCCUGUGUUAAACAGGUUUGUUGAAUCUGAAUGAUGUUCUGCUGUAAAUGUUUGAUUAUCCUGUUUAUGAAGCAUCUUAAUAAGUUGUUGCCUCUGUGUGAGCAGCAUG